AUGCCAACAUCUUCUAGCACAAUACAUUGGGGCCCCGCCAUCACAGCUCCUACGUACACACCGGCACCUACAGGCUCCCCGUCAUCGCAGCAGACCAUGCCAUCACAGCCAACCAACGGAUUUUCAGCAGAUGCCAAGAAAAUUGUGAUAGCAGUAACGACCAUUGGUGGCACAUUCAUUCUUGCACUCCUGUUGUACGCGCUCUGGCGACGAAGGAAAGGCCACACAUACUCCGACAUCAUCCACUUCAGGCGCCAUUCCGGCACGAUCAUACUGGGCUCAACACGGGAUGAACGACUUACAGCUCUGCCCAUUUACCAGGAGACCCGCUACUCGGUUCGCUCGUCGAAGCAUGGCUCAACUUUAAACUUUGGCAAACACGCCCGGCGGCCUUCUGCGGUUCCGUCAGCUGUUGCACAGCGAUUCUACGCGCAGAACCCGUGGGUGCAGGAUGUCUGGCAGUCUGGAGGGCCACCGACACCAACCGGUCAGAAGCACCCGCUAUCUCAAGUCGCCAACGCAAGUGCACAAGAUCUGAAGGCACCAGAAAUGGUGCGAGUCUACUCCAGCCAUGGCGACAAGGACGAAAGGAAUCCACAGUCCCAGCACGGUAAGCCGCAUCCUUCGAUUGCUGUCAGGCCCGCAUCCAGUCCCAAGGAGGACAAAGACGACGAAGAGUCCGUUCACGAAGCAAAGGACGACCGUCCUGAGCGCUGGAGCUGGACGAACUCCCAAGCACCACCAACACCGCGGAUGUACGCACCCAGCAUGCACUCUUCCCUCUCCAGCCUGCCACGCUUCCGGAAGGUGAAGUCUUGGGUGCGCAACCAAACCGAGCGGCAGACCACACGCAUCGACGAGGAACGCGGGUUGCAUAGCCGAUCAGGAUCAGAAAUGCCGAUACUGAAGAACAAAGCUUCGAAGCCGAAUCUUGCACCGAAAGUUACGAGGAAGUUAUCGAAGAAGAGUCUGCACAGUGAUGGCAGUCCGAUACUCAUACAGUCGAAUACCGACGUUGCUGGACCGGUCCGGCCGCCGUCUGCGAGGGUUAGAGGCGAUGUGCCACCUCGCAUCACACCGAUCUAG